AGUACUGAUCCAUAUCUCCACCAAAUCCAAUUCAUUCACCAUUCAUUCAUCUUCUUCUUCAAGGAUCAGAUCGAUCGAUCGAUCUUCAAAUCAAUAAAAAUGGAAGAUCUCUUCUCUCACUUCACCUUCCUCUCAGAUCAAGCACUCCAUGACAAGACCUUCGAUCCAGCCACAAUCGAAGAUCUAAUGAAGUUAUUCGAGAUAGAAUCCUACAAAGCAUGGGCCGCACUUGAGCUCGAACAAGAGCAAGAAGCCGAAGAUGCAGAAGAAUCGUUGAGAGAAGCAGAAGAAUCGCUCGAUUCCGCCAUGGAAAGUGCAAUGGAAGAGUUCCGUAAGUUUGAAGAAGAGAUGGAUAUAGAAGCUCGAUCUCAACUUAGAAGCCUUGAAUUGAUGGCCGAUUCGGUUAGGAAAUUGGGCAAUUCGAUGGAGAGAGCAGCUACGAUUACUUCGAAGAAGUAUAUGGAAACCGCUAUGAAUUCUGCAUCUGCAUCUAUGAAAAAUGCUUGGAAAGGUAUCUCUUCUUAUUCGAAUAAGAUCCAUCCGUCUUAGAGAAGAUGAUUAUGAAUCUGAAUCUGAAUUUGAGAUCCGUUUCUAUCCUUGUUUUAGGUUUUUCUGGAUCAAAUUCAUCUAUCUAUCUAUCAAAUAUGUUAUUCGAAUAUAUAUGUUGUUCAUCAUUCGGUUUCUUGACAGAUCCAUGAGCUAAUUAAUCAAUGAAUUAAGUUCAUGUUGGUGUUAUAUAAUGUUUGUAAUUAGAGAAUAAAGUAUUUCCACUUUGAUUUUCAUUACAUUUAGAUCAAACUUGCUAAAUCAUUGCAGUUCUUCAACAAGUCUUAUGUGUAUAUAUAAGAUUGAUUGUUAACUUAGAA